AUGAGAGUCUCGCCGCCUUGCUUUGACAUAGCGGAUCUUUUGGUUGGAAUUGUUGUUGACAUUGCUUUGGUUGGUAUGUUGGCACCCUAUGCUCGAAUUGGAAAACCGUCAGUAUCACAUGGUUUAUUUGGACGCAUACAACAAGCUUGUGCGGCUCUCCCUAGCAGCGUCUUUGAAGCUGAAAGGCCAGGAUGUAGAUUCUCAAUGAAGCAGAGAGUAGCCUCAUUCUUCUAUAAGGGUGUGUUGUAUGGUUCAGUUGGUUUUGUAUGUGGUAUUAUUGGACAAGGGAUUGCUAACCUGAUCAUGAAUGCCAAACGGAGCAUUAAGAAGUCAGAAGAGGACAUACCUGUGCCUCCUCUUGUGAAAAGUGCUGCUCUUUGGGGUGUAUUUCUUGCUUUCUCGUCCAACACUCGUUAUCAGAUUGUAAAUGGACUGGAAGGGCUGGUUGAAGCAUCGCCUUUGGCGAAGCGUGUUCCACCAGUUGCAAUGGCAUUCACUAUAGGUGUCCGAUUUGCCAACAAUAUCUAUGGUGGUAUGCAAUUUGUAGAUUGGGCCAAAUUGAGUGGAGUGCAAUAGGACUAGUAUUGCUUGCCAAAAUAGAUGUUUUCAGUUACCAUAUAUACAAUAGAGAUUCUUCAUACUUUUGAGUCGCAGCUUUUGUCUGGUAUAGAUCAUUCCAAAGAGGGGAUAGAUCAUUUUUGUGGAUUUUGGCACAGAAAUUUCUGUUUUCCCUUGGCAAUUCUGGUGAUGAUUUUUUCUA